UCCUCUUGAAGAUAGUCACAGCUCCAGCGCCCUCCCACAAACAGGCCCAAUUCACGACAGAAUACUCAACAAAACCUUCACAAUGCGCUCAAUCCAAUCUCUAUCCCACGGCCUGCGCGCCAUUCGCUCCCUCCCGCGCACAGCGACCCUCACCACCCGCAACGCCACAGUCUCUUCAUUAGCAUCAUCAUCAACACCAUCACGCACUCUCAGCCACCUAACGCAACGCACACCCACCUCGCGCCCCACAACCCUCCGAAAAAUCCCCUUCCUCACAACCCGCCACAAAUCCGAUACGACGGAAACGAGUAGCGCGAACAACCUAACAGACCGGCAAUCCAACGCAGCAACGGACGCCGAGCACGCGGAGCAGAACCGCCUCCGCCGCGAGCAGGAGCCCGCGUACCAGAUCACGUUCACCUGCAAGCCGUGCGGCGAGCGGUCGUCGCACCGCAUGUCCAAGCACGGCUACCACCGCGGCACCGUGCUGAUCCAGUGCCCCAGCUGCAGCAACCGGCACGUCAUCGCCGACCAUCUGAACAUCUUCUUCGAUCGCAACAGUACCCUGGAGGAUAUCCUGGCGCGGCAGGGUGAUACGCUGCUGCGUGGGUACGUGGAGGGAGAUAUGGAGGUUUGGGAGAAUGGGGAGAUAUGCUUGGGUGGACUCUUGAGAUGAAGAGAAAAGAGAAAGUUGAUUGGAUGUAAUAGACAAAGAAAAUCUCCUAUUCUCUCCUC